AUGAACCACAAGGCGAUUGUACUCUGGGACCCCAAGAAAAACACCAAACUUGCUUCCGACGAUGCUUGCACCACCAUCAUCCAGUACGAGCUACCCCGCGCACCGUCCACCAUCCGCCCGCCCUACCAGUCCCCACACCCUCCAGACGUGAGGCUCCGCUAUGUCCCGCCACUUGCCUAUUUCUGCAUUAAAGCCUUGGCGGAAUACCCGGACGAAAUGCACGCUCUAGGGGUUGCGCGAUUGCGCUACGAGGCUCCGUGGUCCCGCAGCCACUUCGACAUUCUCUCGGCACUCAUCCCCAGCUAUCGCCCCUUCGACGAAGCUGAGUCCGACGAGGAUUUCGACCUGUCCCCCGUCGACCCGCGUCUCUGGGCCGUAAUAGUGCAAGUAUACGAAGGGCUGCCAGACGACUUUCGCCACUAUACGAUUCCGCUAUCCGACGCGUACCUGCCUCUCUUACAGACGAUCCCGAGCACGAAGCACUUCUCCCUCAUAACAGCCCUUUCUCUUGGGCGGUGUAAAGUACUCACGGACGACACCAUUAUACAGCUGUGCCAGCUACAUACCCUCGCUGCUCUUGACGCGAGCGCCACCGCAGUAGGAACCUGGGGCAUCAGCAGGCUGUCCAAGAGCCUCAACUGGAGCGAGGCGGACGCUACGCAUCCUGCGCAACGCCGCGGGCCAUGGGGUCUACGCAUCCUCUACUUACGGGACUGCAUCAACGUCGACAACAAAAUACUUCCCUUGCUUGCGCACUUUCCGUUGCUCAGUGUCGUCGGUGCGUACGCAUGUCAAUAUAAUUACAAGGUACAUAGCCACAGCUGA